CUCCCCUCCGUUGGCGGGUCAGGCUUCUCGACGGUCCCGCCCUGCGGCGAGCUCUGGAAGGCAAACGGUGCGUUUUUCGCCACUAUGUCCUCAUCGGGGAUGAGCUCCACCGAAAAUUCAUAGCAGCACCAUCCAUUGCUUCAGAUAUCAGAAAUGGCUAGUGGCACUCACAAAUUGAGACCAUUGGCACCUCAUUCCCAUCAGUUUAUCUGCACUCGAACGCACCAGAUUGGAGCUCUAUUCCUUGUCGUUGCCACCUUCUUCUUCACCAGGCUCUUCGAUCAUUCCUUUGCUCCAUGUAGCUUCUCCGUUGAUCAAGUGCGGACGUCGCUCGACUUAGUGCCAGGUGGACCCUACACUUGGCCGGAGAGUGGGUAUGGGUCUCAGCUCUCCCUUAAGAUCUACGUCUACGAUGUGGAGGAGAUCGACGGUUUGAAGGUCUUGAUGUAUGGAAGGCAAGGCAAAAUCACCGAGAAUGCCUGUUUGAAAGGCCAGUGGGGAACUCAGGUCAAAAUACACAAGUUUUUCCAACAAUCAAAAUAUCGAACGGAGAAGAAGGAGGAAGCGGAUUUAUUCUUCGUCCCAUCAUAUGUUAAAUGUGUUCGAAUGAUGAGUGGUCUGAAUGAUAAAGAAAUUAACCAGACUUAUGUCAAAGUGUUAAGCCAAAUGCCGUAUUUUCGGUUAUCUGGAGGUCGUAACCACAUAUUUGUUUUCCCCAGUGGGGCAGGAGCUCAUUUGUUCAAAUCUUGGGCAACAUAUAUAAAUCGCUCUAUUAUUCUUACUCCGGAGGGUGAUCGGACUGAUAAGAGAGAUACAAGUGCCUUUAAUACGUGGAAAGACAUCAUUAUUCCUGGCAAUAUUGAUGAUGGUAUGACUAAAACUGAUGCUCCAGUGGUCCAGCCACUGCCUUUGUCAAAGCGGAAGUACUUGGCAAAUUAUUUGGGACGUGCACAAGGAAAAUUGGGUCGCCUUCAGCUGAUACAGCUUGCAAAGCAAUUUCCAGACAAGUUGGAAUGUCCAGAUUUGAAAUUCAGUGGACCCGACAAAUUGGGAAGGAAAGAAUAUUUUGAACAUUUGCGCAAUGCAAAGUUCUGCCUUGCUCCACGGGGGGAGUCAUCUUGGACCCUUCGCUUUUAUGAGUCUUAUUUUGUGGAAUGUGUCCCCAUUAUAUUAUCCGAUCAAGUAGAACUGCCUUUCCAGAAUGUCAUUGAUUACAGUCAGAUAUCAAUAAAAUGGCCUUCCAAUCGAAUAGGCGCGGAGCUAUUGCAGUAUCUGGAAUCAAUACCAGAUGAAGAUAUAGAAGCAAUAAUAGCUCGAGGAAGACAAGUAAGGUGCUUAUGGGUGUAUGCUUCAGAUUCGGCACCCUGCUCGGCAAUGCGUGGAAUAAUGUGGGAACUGCAGAGAAAAGUGAGGCAAUUUCAUCAGUCAGCUGAAACGUUCUGGUUGCACAAUGGAUCCAUUGUAAAUAGGAACUUGGUUGAAUUUUCCAAAUGGGGUCUCCCGGUCCCUUUGCCUUGAUUAGCCGGGAGAUACCUUAAGCUUACAUAUUCCAUGUUCUGAAGCAUUCAAUUUUUUUUUUUUGGGGUACAAGUUACAGUUGAAUGAUGAAUUGUUCGUGUAAUGUAUAAUCUGCCCUCAAAUAACUUCGUUUCCUUAAAAAUGUUUAUUGAAAUCCAUUUUGGACGA